GGCCGGGCCGGGUCGCUGGGCAGGAGAUAUGAAGAGAAAAACGAAUAUUAUCCCAAUAUGCCAUUCAUACCCAUCUAGGGUUUGUCCAAUGAUAUAAUAAUAUAAAUAGGAGACGAUGAUGAUUCAGAUCGCCCUCUUUGCAUAAUAUCUCUCACUACUUUAAGCCUUUGGCCGCCUCACUACAACCCUCUCUAGCAAUGGCCAUUACAUUCUCAGAUCUCUACACAGAAGCCGGCCUCAAGUCCCUCGACGACUUCCUCGCCGGAAAAUCUUACAUCUCCGGAGACCAGCUUACUCUGGAUGACAUAAAGGUGUACGCAGCGGUGUUGGGGAAGCCCGAUUCCUUUGCGAAUGUGAGCAAGUGGUACGACUGCGUUUCAUCCCAACUCGCCGCAAACUUCCCUGGCAAGGCAGUCGGAGUCAGAAUCGGAAGCGGCAAGGCUGCUGCUCCUGCUGCUCCUGCUGCAGCCGGAGGAGAUGACGACGACGACUUGGAUCUCUUCGGUGAUGAAACCGAGGAGGACAAGAAGGCAGAAGCAGAGAGGGAGGCAGCCAAAAAGGCAUCUACCAAGAAGAAGGAGAGCGGCAAAUCCUCUGUUCUUCUGGAUGUGAAGCCUUGGGAUGAUGAAACUGACAUGAAGAAGCUCGAAGAGGCUGUUCGCAGUGUGGAGAUGGAGGGUCUCUUCUGGGGAGCAUCAAAAUUGGUUGCAGUUGGUUAUGGGAUCAAGAAGUUGCAGAUCAUGCUCACCAUUGUCGAUGACCUUGUCUCCGUCGAUGACCUCAUUGAGGAGCAGCUUACUGCUGAGCCACGCAACGAGUAUAUCCAGAGCUGUGACAUUGUUGCCUUCAACAAAAUUUAAAUCCACUGCAGUGCUCGUUGUUGAUUUCAUAAUUGUUGAUUCGACUUGGACUUGGACUUGUGGUAGGAAGGAAUGAAUUUUCGUGAGGAAAUUUACUUUUGAUCUUUAUAUGAUGAUAUAUGCUUUUAAUUAGUGUUUUCAGUUGUUGGCCUCUGCUAUUUUGACUUGUGUAUUUUUUUUUUCCCGAUUUCCAGUUAGUGUGUUGACUAAAAUAUGAAUGCUUCUGUCAAAAAAUAAUUUCAAUCUCUUUGUGGUUA